CACCCAGCGCCACAAACAGUCCCUGCGCGCACACGGGCAGGCGCGCACACAGGAGGGCGCACACACGCGCACACGCUCGCCCAGACCCAAACUUAAGGUGAGGAGCGGGCGCGCUAGCUUCACUUCAUCUGCAGCUGGCAGCUUGUGCAGGACCCGAGGGCAUCCGAACUUCUGGAUUUCGGGACAAGUGAGGAAGACCCUGGGAGCUGCGAGCAUGAAGACUUUCCUCCUUCUGGUGCUGACUUCCAUCUGCUGGGCUGACCGUCUGUCGGACAACCACACCCUGGGUCGGGACAGAGUGAUUCACAUCCAAGCGGAGAAUGGUCCCCGUCUCCUGGUGGAAGCGGAACAGGCCAAGGUGUUCUCGCACCGCGGUGGCAAUGUCACGCUGCCAUGUAAAUUCUACCGAGACCCGACAGCCUUCGGUUCAGGACUGCACAAGAUCCGAAUUAAGUGGACCAAGCUAACUUCAGAUUACCUCAAGGAAGUGGAUGUCUUUGUCUCCAUGGGCUACCACAAGAAGACCUACGGGGGCUACCAAGGCAGGGUGUUCCUGAAGGGCAGCAGUGAGAACGACGCGUCCCUGGUCAUCACCGGCCUCACCCUGGAGGAUUACGGGAGAUACAAGUGCGAGGUGAUUGAAGGGUUGGAGGACGACACCGCCGUGGUGGCAUUAGACUUACAAGGUGUGGUAUUCCCCUACUUCCCACGCCUGGGCCGCUACCACCUCAAUUUCCACGAGGCGCAGCAGGCGUGCCUGGAGCAGGACGCGAUGAUUGCCUCCUUCGACCAGCUCUAUGACGCCUGGCGGGGCGGCCUGGACUGGUGCAACGCCGGCUGGCUCAGCGACGGCUCCGUGCAAUACCCCAUCACAAAGCCCAGGGAGCCCUGCGGGGGCCAGAACACUGUGCCCGGCGUCAGGAACUAUGGGUUUUGGGAUAAAGACAAAAGCAGAUAUGAUGUUUUCUGUUUUACAUCCAACUUCAAUGGCCGAUUUUACUACCUGAUCCACCCCACCAAGCUGACCUACGACGAAGCCGUGCAGGCUUGUCGCCAUGAUGGUGCUCAGAUCGCCAAAGUGGGCCAGCUCUUCGCUGCCUGGAAGCUGCUGGGGUACGAUCGCUGCGACGCGGGCUGGCUGGCCGACGGCAGCGUGCGCUACCCGAUCUCGCGGCCCCGAAGGCGCUGCAGCCCCACCGAGGCGGCCGUGCGCUUCGUGGGCUUCCCAGACAAAAAGCAUAAGCUGUAUGGUGUCUACUGCUUCCGAUCCUACAACUGAGGGUGCUCCGGUGGGCAGAUGGCAGCUGGGAAGUCAUUAGAACAUGUGAAAGGUUCUUCCCCAUAUGAACUCCUGCAAGUUACCAAAACUGUGAUAACCCUUUUUUUAAAACUUACUGUAAAGAGUCAUUUUCAUAAAGACCAAUUCAUUAAUUUGUUUUUGUAAAGCUAUCAUUCGAUAUAUAUUAUAAAUUAAUAUAAUGUUAAGGGAAGCGCUACACAGAAGACGGCUUUAGAGCCAAACCGCU